UAAUAGCUGUACUACUGAUUCUAGAAGGUAUAACCCUCGCCUCACCCCAUACAUUAGACGGCAGCCUGCGCCGAUUCAAGUCCGCCCUCCGCCGCCCGCCUCGUCGGCAUUCUACUCCUCCACCGUUGAAAUCCGACAUCAUCCAAUAUCAUCUCUAUCUCCACCCAACAUGACCACUUGCAAUGGCAGCUUCUGCUGCAGCUCUUCCCACACUUCAAUCGAUUCCUCCAUUUCCCCAUUCCCCAAACCCUUAUCCUUAAUUCCCAAUCGCAAACCCUUCGCCCUUCAAUUCGGUCCCACACUUCCGUUAUUGACACUAUCCUCUGCUGCUUCUCGCCCGGUAUUAGUAAGAGCGGCGGCCAGUAGCGGCAAGAGCAACACCAUCGAUACAAAGAAGGAAGCUGAGGCGGAGGAGGAGGAGGAAGUGGAGGAGGAGCUUCCGUGGAUACAGGAGAAGGCUCUGGAUUUGGUCGAGUUCACUGGCUCUGUCACUCAGACCAUUCCAGGGCCGCGCGUUGGGCAGAGCUCGCUCCCGUGGAUGCUGGCGAUCCCGAUGGCUUAUCUCGGCGUCACUUUCGUCAUUGCCGUCGUGAAGACCGUCAGGAAGUUCAAUUCCCCUCGAGAGAAACGCCGCAAAUUGGUCAACAAAAAUGCUAUGCUAUGCAUAUCUCUGGAUGAGCUGUUUGCUAAGGGAAUCGGUGAAGUAAACCAGUCAGCUUUGAAGGAACUGAUGCAAAAGACAGGUUUUGACAUGAAAGAGAUUUUGCGUAAAUACAUCCGUUAUGUGUUGAACGAGAAACCAUUUAAUCCAGACCUGAUAGCAAAUCUGAUCCACCUCAGGAAAGAAACACAGUUGGAGGAUUCUGAAGUGGCUGGCAUUCUGAAUGAGAUUUCAGGAAGGAUUGUCAACGAUAAAGGUCCGGUGGUCAUGGAUAUAUCAGGAUAUUCUGAAAAAGGAUUCAAAAGGAAACUAGCUGUGCAAGCUCUGUUUGGAAAGAUCUAUUAUCUGUCUGAGCUUCCCGAGUUCUGUUCCCGAGACAGCUCCUUAAACGUAAAAACAGCAUUUGGUGUGACAGAUGAGGAUGCUGAAAAGCUUAGGCUGCACACUGUCUCAGAAGUUGGGGAUUUGGAUUCACUAGAGAAGAUGGUCGGUGAAUCUGAAGAGGAAACAAAAUUAAGUGAUGAUUCAGCCAAUGCAUCUUGAUGCUGCAUCUAUUGCACCAAUUUUGCUCUACGCAGAAGUUAGCAUAACAAGAGAAUAUAUCCACUUCUUUGUAUACAAUUUUCCUAAGAUUUUUGUUCUAUCAAAUCCGGCUGACUGUGUACGCGAGGUUUUCGGGAUGCAGUGUCUUUGUAUAUUUAAAGCAUAUGCUUCUGAUUCUUCAACCAUUAAAUAAGAGAUGCGUAAGAGUAAGGUUAGUUUUA